AUGAACUUGUCAGAGUAUGAAAGGAAACGAGAAGAAAAUCUUCGGGACAAUGCCCAAUUCAUGGCAUCCAUUGGAAUCCAUCAGGCCAAAUAUGAACUUGACCUUUCCAUAGAUUCUAAGAAAACAAGGCAAAAAAUUUCAGUCAAAUCUCAGCUGAAUGCAUCUCCCAAAUUAAAGAAAGUUUUUCAACCAACUCGAAGAAGUGCUCGUAUUCAACGUAUCGACCCAACUGGAGUUCCACUUCCUCCUGUCGUAAUUGAGGAACCAGUAGAUGUAAACCCUCGCAAACCACCAGAAAAUUUGGAAAUGGAAGACAUUUUAAGUGCAGAUUGUAAGAAGGAAAGACAUUUACAAUUUGCCAACAGUUUAAAGUCUUUGACUGCCCCGACUCAUCCACUUGAAGAAAACUCAUCAACUUCUGUAUCGCUCAAAACAUUUUUACAAAAUUUUUCCAAAGUUCAAAUAACAGAAGAACAAGUACGGAAAGUUGUGAAGUCCAGAAUUUUUUCAGUUGCUGUUCAUCCAACUGUAGAUAAAAUAUUGGUGGGUGCUGGUGGCAAGUGGGGAGCAGUUGGUCUCUGGGACGUUAAUCAAGGGUUGUCUGAAGAUGCAGCUGUCUUGUAUUACCCUCACUCAAACCCGGUGAACUGUCUUGAAUUUAGUCGAGAGAACCCUGAAAAGUUAUUUUCAUGUGGUUAUGACGGAACACUUCGUUGUGGACAUUUUGAAAAGAAGAUUUUUGAAAAUAUUUAUUAUACACCUGAGGAUGAGGGCCUUUUACUUCGAAGCUUCACGUUCCUUUCACCUCACAUUCUGAUUGUUUCACAAAGUGAUGGCAAUGUUGCAUUUAUUGACACAAGAACUGAAGGGUAUAAAGCAGAGGAAAUGUUUAGAGCAAGUCUAAGAGAUGUACGUACUGUGGACAUUCACCCAACACAACCAGAUUAUAUCAUUACUGCAGGACUUGACUGUGCUUUGUGUUUGUGGGAUAUACGAAACAUGAGAAAGGCUCCAAAGAAAAUUUUUUCAGCGUCUUCUGGACGAAUGUUAAACAGUGCAUACUUCUCACCUGUAACAGGAAAAUAUAUUUUAUCCACAUCACAAGACAACACAUUGAGAAUUUAUGACAGCAGCAAAUUGUUUUUAUAUAUAUCUCCUCUCUCUCACUCUCCCUCCUCUCUCUCUCUCCCUCCUCUCUCUCUCUCUCUCUCCUCUCUCUCUCUCUCUCCCUCUCUCUCCCUCUCCCCUCUCCUCACUCUCUCUCUCUCCUCCUCUCUCUCUCUCUCUCUCCCUCCUCUCUCUCUCUCACCUCCCUUCCCUCUCUCCCUCUCUCUCCUCCUCCUCCCUCCCUCUCCUCUCCUUCCUCUCUCUCUCUCCCUCCUCUCUCUCUCUCCUCUCCUUCCUCUCUCUCUCCUCCUCCUCUCUCUCUCUCUCCUCUCUCUCUCUCUCCCCCCUCUCUCUCUCUCCCCCUCUCUCCUCUCCCCCCCUCUCUCUCACUCUCCCCCCCUCUAUAUAUUUUAA